AGAAUAAUAAAACAGCCGCUGGAGGUCCCAAAACCAGCCCCUCACCCACCCUCGAAAUGCUCUUCAACACCAUGCAGAUACUCCUGACCAGACUAGAAAGAAUUGAAGCUCUCAGCAAAGACAUCAGCCCCGCCACAGAAACACCAGAUAGCUCGAUGGAAUUACUGUGUUCACGACUGGAUGGUCUAGCCGAACGAUUAGAACGAUUGGAAAGAGCCCUAGAUUCUGAUUCUGUGCACAGCCUUGAGAUACACACCGAGCCUCAAAUUCAGCUUCGGAAACGAGAGAAGAAGUCGUAUGCGUCUGCAGCCUUGUCGCCUUCGAAGCAAACACCUGAUCAAGUCCUCUCAAAUACAAAGACAACUACCACCAUGUCGCACCCACUCCCCUCGAUCCCUCCCAACAGUUAUGUUAAUCGCUUCAAAAGAGGACACACCAUCAUUCGAUCACGGCCGGGGACGGAAAAACCCUUUUUGAACUUGUCCUCCAUGCAAAUUGUCACCAACAUUAACCAAGCCCUUAGCUCCAUCAAUGCAAAAAUUGAUAACAGCCCAGUCCAAGUCCAAGCUGUCACACGAUUCCCCUCAGGCGACGUCAAAUUUAUUACAAAGAACCGAACGAUGGCAAGAUGGCUUCUCAAGCAUAAACACACCUGGAUCCAUCUAGCGGACCCAAAUUUUAAGACACCAAUUGAAGAAAUUUUAACUGAAGAAGGGAGAACUCUUGGAGGAGAUUUUUGA